AUGCAUAUUCGUGAUAUCAACAUUUCUUUCCAGUCGGGCGUGUGCCUGGCUGUAACGUUUGCUGUCUUCUAUUGGGUUUCCAAGUCCAUAUACAAUCUUUACUUUCACCCGUUGCGGAAUUUCCCUGGGCCCAAGAUGGCUGCUAUUGGCUGCGAGUAUGAGUUUUAUCAUGAUGUAGUAAAGGAUGGAAGAUACCUAUGGAAAAUGGAAGAAAUGCAUAAGAAAUAUGGUCCCGUCGUUAGGAUCAAUGCCGAUGAACUACAUAUAAGCGAUCCAGACUACUACAACCACAUAUAUGCGUCGAGCCGGCGCAAGGUUGACAAGUGGGCGCCCAUGGUAGCAUCUUACACGAUCCCAGAAUCCAGCGUGGCAACGGUAGAUCAUGAUCUUCACCGUCUCCGCCGGAGCAUCUUGAAUCCAUACUUUUCCAAGGCGUCUGUCGUGAAACUAGAGCCCAUUGUGGGAGAGAGAAUCGAUCGACUUUGCGAUCGCCUUGAGGAAUGCGCCCUUCGGGAUGAAGUCGUGAGCCUGGACUCGGCAUUCUCAGCCCUGACCACGGAUAUCAUCACGCGGUACUUUUUCGGUUCUCACGAGGACAAUAUCGGCCGGCCCGGCUUUGUCCACCCCUUGCAGGAAGCCAUUCUUGGCCUUACUGGAGCCUAUCAGUUCACCAGACUCUUUCCCAACGUUGCGGCCGUGGCCAAGAAGCUGCCAUUAUGGAUCAUUGACCUGGUCCAGCCCAAGAUGGCCAACCUGCUCCGCUGGCAGGACGACUUGCUCCAGAGCAUCGAGGCGUCGGUGAGCCGGGACGGAGCCUCGUCGUCCAAGUCGAAUUCCGUCAUCCUCAGCGCGUUUCAAGAUCCCAACGUGCCCGCCGCGCAAAAGAGCAUUCCCAGACUGGUCGACGAGGGCAUGCUGUUCUUGAUUGCCGGGUCCGAGACCACGGCCAGAGUGCUGAGCCGAAUCAUGUUCCAACUGCUGCAAGAUCGCAACCUGCUGGCAAGGUUACGCGAGGAACUCGACGGCUUGUCUCGGAAGUCGGGAGGUCUUACUUCGGCAGUAGAGCUCGAGGGUCUACCAUUACUUACUGCGAUCAUCAUGGAGGGAGUACGAUUGUCGCACGGCGUGCUCAUCCGCUUGCCGCGUGUAUCCCGUCUCGAGUCACUUCAGUACGGCGACUUGAGCAUCCCACCUGGGACGCCAGUGAGCACAAUCUCCUACUUUGUGCAUACGGACGCAUCGCUGUUCCCCAAUCCUCUGACGUUUGAUCCGGAUCGAUGGUUCAGAGCGCAGCAGGAAGGAGUCAAUUUGAGCAAAUUUGUCGUCAGCUUUUCAAAGGGCAGCCGGCAGUGCCUUGGUAUCAACAUGGCGUAUGCUGAGAUGUACUUGACCAUUGCGAGAAUCGUGACCAAAUUUGACAUGAGUCUCUUUGAGACUACGGCGCAGGACCUGGAGAUGCACCAUACCGGAGGUUGCAGGAACCGGCUGAUUACCUACAGUAGAGAUCGCGUCAAGGAGCAAGACCUUGCGACAGCUUUUCUGUUCGUCCCGAGUGUCAUGAAUCCACACCAAGUUGAAGAGAUGGCGCAUCGAGAUCGUGAUUCCGCCGAGCGACACCAUCGCGACCCCCGAGACGCCCCCUACCCUGCAUCGUCAGGCACUCCGCACCACAGCAACGCAGCAUCACUUCCUAUCCACCAGCCGGUCGCUUCGAGGCUCCCCGGAGCCAUUCACAGCCCCGGUGGAUUGCUGGCCAACCAUGGUUCAGCCCCUCCGAUCCCCAUUGGCGGCCCCUCAUCGGCCUCCUUUGCCGGCGCGCCACUGACCGACGUCGCGAACCGACCACCACCUCAAAGUGUUCAGAACGCGUCUAGCCAGAUGUUCAGCGCCAUCGGCGGAGCAGCUCCUGCGCCAGCCUCGUCGGCUGCCAGUGCUGCCCUGGCUCUGGGACCGCCCCUGCAGCAAGAGAGCAACCGCCCUCCCACACAAAAUAUCCCCUUUGGAGGAGGAAGCGGCGGCGCUCCUGGCGGACCUCCUAUCCCUCCUGGCGCCGGUGCUCUUCAGCAAGGCCAGCAACCAAUUCUGAAUGACGCCUUGAGUUACCUCGAUCAGGUUAAGGUCCAGUUUGCCGAGCAACCCGACGUCUACAACAGAUUUCUUGAUAUCAUGAAAGAUUUCAAAAGCCAAACUAUUGAUACCCCCGGAGUCAUUAAACGCGUCUCUGAACUGUUUGCCGGUCACCCCAACCUGAUUCAGGGCUUCAACACCUUCCUACCGCCCGGCUACCGCAUAGAAUGCGGCGAAGGCAAUCCAAGUCAUAUCCGGGUCACGACCCCUAUGGGCACUACGCUACAACCCAUCACAGCGGGCAAGUUCAACUUUGCGGAAGCGAAUCCGAGCCAGCCUGGUUCAGGCGCGAACUUCUUCUCGAGCCGCGCUAGUAACUGGCAGCAGCAGCAAUCCCAGCCGCAGACUAGUAUCGAGAGCCCGGAAGCUCAAUUCAGUACUCCUGCUACUGCUGGAGGCCCUGGUGGUCUCUUUGGCCCUGGCCCUGGCCCGAGUUCUGGCGGAGCUUUUGAUGGCCCAGGGUCAUCUCAGGUACAACGAGGCGGCUCGCAAGUUCCAAACUCCACGACGCCGAAUGCCGCUGGAGCGCGGAACGCAUUGACUCCUACCCCCGGAGCUCAAAACACCGCCAACGGUGCUGCCGCACAGGCCGCCAACAUAGAGAAACGCGGCCCAGUUGAGUUCAAUCAUGCUAUUAGCUAUGUGAACAAGAUCAAGAACCGAUUCCAGGACAAGCCGGAAAUUUACAAGCAGUUCUUAGAAAUUUUGCAGACUUAUCAACGAGAGCAAAAACCGAUUCAGGAUGUUUAUGCGCAGGUAACGAGCCUAUUCAACACAGCACCGGAUCUUCUUGAGGACUUUAAACAGUUCCUUCCUGAAACUGCAGCAUCUACGAACAAGGGCGGCCUGGCACGAUCAGAAGAGCCUCUUGGUUUGGCCAGUCUUGCACAUGCACAAUCGACCCCUCAACCGAGCCACAGCAGUCAGAAGAUGCCUCCCGUUGGUAACUUUGCACCUCCCAGUGCCACUAAAGAGAACAAGAAGCGCCCCCGCAAUGAAAAGGCACCCCCGGCAGCGGCGACGCCCACCAUACCGGACACCUUGGGACCUGCAGCACAACGUGUCAUUCCCGGCAUUCCCAACAAUAAUAAGAGACCUAAGUUGGGCCACAAGCCUCUAGCAGCUGACGUACCGUCCAUCGAGCCGACUUUGACUCCAGUCAUGCCUGAGCCCCUACCUCCAGCGGCUGAUAGCCAAGUAUCAGCCGAAGAGCUCCAAUUCUUCGAAAAAGUAAAGAAGCAUAUUGGAAACCGGGCGACGAUGGUGGAGUUCCUGAAGUUGUGCAACAUGUACUCGCAGAAUUUGAUCGAUAAGGACGAUGUCAUUCAUAAGGCCACGCAGUUCAUUGGCGGCAAUCCCGAGCUUCUCAAAUGGUUCAAAGAUUUCAUGGGCUAUGAAGGUUAUGAUGAGAAUAUUGAAAACCGACCCCUGCCUCCCCAGGAGAAAGUUUCCCUCAGCAACUGUCGCAGCGUCGGCCCUAGUUAUCGCCUGUUGCCUCGUAAGGAGAAGCUCAAGCCUUGCAGCGGUCGGGAUGAGAUGUGUAACCUCGUCUUGAAUGACGAGUGGGCUUCACAUCCCACCUGGGCCUCAGAAGAUUCCGGCUUCGUCGCUCAUAGAAAAAACGCGUUCGAGGAGGGCCUUCAUCGAAUCGAGGAGGAACGUCAUGACUAUGACUUUAACAUCGAAGCGAACCACAAGUGCAUUCAGCUCCUGGAACCGAUUGCUCAGCAAAUGCUCAACAUGCCACCCCAGGACCGUGAACAAUAUAGUCUGCCUCAGGCACUUAACGGCACCAGCACCUCUAUCUACAAGAGAGUCCUCAAGAAGAUCUAUGGCGCUGAAAAGGGCACCGAAGUUGUUAAUGACAUGUUCGAGAACCCCUUUGCCGUGGUACCCGUUGUACUGGCUCGUCUGAAGCAGAAAGACGAAGAAUGGCGUUUCACGCAGCGUGAGUGGGAAAAGGUCUGGCAAGCUCAAACCGAGAUCAUGCACUUGAAGAGUCUUGAUCACAUGGGCAUCCAGGUCAAGCAGAAUGACAAGAGACAAUUGUCAGUCAAGCAUCUGAUCGACUCGAUCAAGACAAAGCAUGAAGAGCAGCGACGCCUGCGUAGCGUGAAGGCUAAGGUUCCUCGCGAGCAAUACUCUUACGAUCUGAGCGACCAAGAUGUUUUGCUUGAUCUGCUUCGCUUCAUGGUCCUCUAUGGAACAAAUAAUGGCCACCACAGCGCAUCUGAGAAGGAGCGCAUCAUCGACUUCUUUGAAACCUUCAUUCCUCAGUUCUUUGAUUUGCCCGAGGACAAGGUUACCGAUCGCCUCCGCGACAUUGAUCGCGAGUCUGUUGAGGAUGACGCUGAAGAGCAACUCCCCACCGAGUUGACCAACGGCAGAUCGCGCCGCAAUGGAAAGAGGUCUGACCUUUUGCGUGGCGUCCUCGACCCUGGUCGUAACAGUGCCAAAGGUCGCAAGGAGAAGGAGGGCAGUGCUGCCUCUGGCAGCAAGGAGAGCACUCCGGACCACGGCUCUGGCAACGAAGAGGAGAUGGCUGAUGCUCCCGAGGAGCAAGCCGUUUCCGAGCUGUCGAAUGAACGAUGGCUGCCGACUGUCCCUCGUGCUACGGUUGUCAAGGGAAGCCGCGACCUCUUGGACUCUGAAGGGGAGCUCAAGGCUGACGGGUUCUUCCCGCGCCGCUAUCACCACUUCUUCUGCAACCAGACCAUUUACGUCUUCUUCACCAUCUUUGUGAAGUUGUACAAUCGUCUGAAGGAUGCCAAGGAGAGCCAAGGCAGUGUCUUGGAGGAAAUUGCUCGCUCCAAGAGCAAGAAGCCUGCCAAACAGCUGGGCAUCUCUGUCAACGAGAUCAACUACUUUGACGAGGACGACCCGGCCUCCUUCUGGCCCAAGACAGUCGAGCUCGUUGAGGACUACAUCACUGGCGAGAUUGACGAUAACCGUUUCCAAGAGGUCCUCCGCCAUUAUUAUCUGAAGAAGGGUUGGACCUUGUACACGAUCCAAGACCUCCUCAAGACUCUUUGCCGACUCUCCCUUGUUUGCACUAGCACUGAUGCCAAGGAAAAGACCCCGGAUCUGAUUGCGCAUUUUCUGCAAAGCCGUUCUGAGAAGGAAACAAGCUUCCAGACUGAGAUGAUCGCUCGUACCUAUGCCCAGAAGUGUGUUAAGGAUGGCGACUUGUUCUUGAUUCAAUGGUAUCCAAGCGCUAGCAAGGCAACCGUCCGCCUCCUCCAGCGGGAUGAGACCACCUUUCAAAUGGAUGAACUCGAACUCAGAGAACGAUGGCAGUAUUACAUCUCAUCGUACAUUCGCGUCGAACCUACCGAGGGCGUGCCGCGCUCAAAGCUUAGGAAGUCUAUUAUGCCUCGCAAUCUUGCCUCUAGUGACGUAGAUUCCGACGAUGGUACCCAGCGCAAGCCCGUCUUUUAUGAGGAGAAGCUGCAGACUAAGGUAUGCCUGAACUCGAAUAAGCUGGGCUUUGAAAAGGGUGGCACAGAAUGGUUCAUCUACAAUACGGGCCCCGAGACGCAAGAAGAGAAGACUGCUACCGAUGAGCGCCGCGCCCUGAUUUCCGAGUGGCGAUCCCAAAAGCUGAAGGAGAGAUUUGUCAUGAAUAACGGCUGGCUAGAGAAUGGCUGGAUGAAGAACCUAUCCCAGGACGAGGUGCAGAAGACAAACGAGAACUUCCAGAAGUGGAUCAAGGAUGGUGUGGCCCCCUCAUCUAGCUUGAGGGAUGAGCCCAUGGGCGACGCUGAGUGA